UUCGCCCCCACGAAGCUGGAAAUGCAACUGUCGGGGAUUUCGGAGGCUACGGAGCCGGAGCCGGAGGCGGCCGGAGAGGUCCGAGCGAUGUGACCAGGCCGCCGUCGCUCGCCUCUCCGUCUCUCCCGCCGCCUCCUGUCUCGAAAAUAACUUUCUGUUUUUACUCUAAAGAGAAGGGGAAAGAAAAGAAAAAAAAAAAGUAGCCGACGUUCGCCCCUCGCCCCCUCCCCGACGCCGGCUCUUUUCCUCUCAGCCCUCGGACCUGUGAGGGGGGCCCGGGGUGGCCGCUCCGCCGUCGGGGCUGCGCUGCCGAGCCCCGGCCGCCCCGGGCUGCCCCCGCCCGCCGCCCCCAUGCAUCCCUUCUACACUCGAGCUGCCACCAUGAUAGGCGAGAUCGCCGCUGCCGUGUCCUUCAUCUCCAAGUUCCUCCGCACCAAGGGUCUCACGAGCGAGCGACAGCUGCAGACCUUCAGCCAGAGCCUCCAGGAGCUGCUGGCAGAGCACUAUAAACACCACUGGUUCCCAGAGAAGCCGUGCAAGGGCUCAGGUUACCGCUGUAUCCGCAUCAACCACAAGAUGGAUCCUCUGAUUGGACAGGCGGCCCAGCGGAUAGGUCUGAGCAGUCAGGAGCUGUUCAGGCUGCUGCCCAGCGAACUCACCCUGUGGGUCGACCCCUACGAAGUGUCCUACCGGAUCGGAGAGGACGGCUCCAUCUGCGUGCUGUAUGAAGCCUCGCCAGCAGGAGGUGGCACCCCCAACAGCGCCAACGUGCAGAUGGUCGACAGCAGAAUCAGCUGUAAGGAGGAACUUCUCUUGGGCAGAACCAGCCCUUCCAAAAACUACACUAUGAUGACUGUAUCGGGUUAAGAUAUAGUCUAUGGAUGGAUCAUCUUAUAAUGGAUGGAUAAAUUUGAUUUUUGCUUUGGGUGGGCUCCUCUUGGGGAUGGAUUAUGGAAUUUAAACCAUGUCACAGCUGUGAAGAUCUGGCACAAGCUAGAGUGGUAAAAAAAAAUUUUUUUUAAGUGACAGUGCCAUAGUUUGGACAGUACCUUUCAGUGAUUUAAUAGCCUGUGAGUCCAAGUAAACGAUCACUCUAUUUGCUAGGGAGUGAAGUCCUGGAGGGGUUUCAGUUUCUCCCAGACAUGAUACCUAAAAUUUUAUAUCAGCCUGUUUAAUGAAAAUCUGUAUUUCAAAGAACCGUUCUCUGCAGUAGAUCUUGGCAGAGGAAUUUGCACUCUUUAACACUUGAAAAUUGUUAUCGUUAAUCUUUUUGGCAGCUCAAUAGGAAAGCUCAACGUUUUUAAACACGGUAGUACUGGAAAUUUUACAAGACUUUUACCUAGCACUUAAAUAUGUAUAAAUGUACAUAAAGACAAACUAGUAAGCAUGACCUGGGGAAAUGGUCCGAUCUUGUAUUGUGUUUUUUGGCCCUGAAAGUAGCAAGUAACCAGAAUCUGCCAUGGCAACAGGCUUU